GCCCAAGCCAAGGGUGACGGUCGCUCGAAGGGCUUCAGCCUGCCUUUACUUCAAUAAUUCAUAGACAAUACCACGUCGCAUUGUCACCUCGUUCACUUAUCGCCCUAUCUCGUCUAGACUGUUUCCGCCCGUGGCGUUUGAUCCCAAUCCUCCGUUCUUGGUCCAUUGCCCUUUGUCUCUUUCCACAAGCCUCGUUUAGCCUUCAGGCAAGCCGAACAACUCGCGAGACCUUGCCGAGAGCCUCAUCAGCGAUUGCCGCAGCCGACUCUACAAUACUCUCUGAAUUCCAACAUGUCUGACGUUGAGGACGAGCUUCUCGCCCUCGCCGGCGGCGAUGUGUCGGAUGACGAGCAGAAUGCUUCGGAUAGGAGCCGUGGAGGGUCAGAAUCACCCCCUCCUUCGGCUAAGGAUGCCACUGUCAAAGGAGUGGCGAACAAAAAGGCGGCUGUAAAGAAGGCAAAGACCGGCGGGCAGCAAGGCGAUUCUGAGGACGAAGGCGCAGUUUCUUCCGCGCCCUCGUCGCCUGGCUCCCAGCAAUCCGCUCCCAUGGACGAAUCGGACUCCGACUCGGAUUCGCCUCCGAACAAGUCUUACGACAGCGAUGACGAUGCAAACAAGUACCCUGUCGACGGGCUCUUCAUCAGCCAUGGAGAGAAAGCGGAGAUCAUGAGCAUGCGGGAGGUGGAGCGCGAGAUCAAGAUCGCCGAGCGCCGAGAGGAGAUUGAGCGGAUGCGCCAGAACCGGCUAUUGCGCCACAUGGUCGUCAACCAGGACAGCAAGAAGCGCAAGGCCGCCGCGGCCGAGCUAGAGGACGGCCAGCGCAAGACAUCCCGCGUUCGGACCAAGGUUGGGGGCACCAGGGUCGGCGAGACGAGCUCCGGUAUCGAUUCCCUGCGCAAGGCCCGCGAGGAGCGGAGCAAUCGCAUGCAACAGAGAGAGCAGGAGAGGGACCGUCGCAGGCCCAGAUCCUCCCCGUCCUACAGGCGUAGUACCUCAAGAGGUGGCCAGGGCGACAGCGAUGUCGAGUGGGGCAGCCCUGGCAAGUCGAGGCAGAAGUCGCGAACUCCUGAAGUUGUUGAAGCUCGCGCGGAGCUCAGAGACAUCGAGCGAGUGCGGGUGGGACGUAGUCGAUUCGCCGAAGUAUGCUUCUAUCCGGGCUUUGAUGACACUCUCACCGGAUGCUUCGUCCGCAUCAACAUCGGCCCUGAUCCGAGGACGGGUGAAGACGUCUACCGCAUGGCUGUCAUCAAGGGCUUCACUAAAGGCAGACCUUAUGCAAUUCCGAAUCGCAAGGGCCACCAGUUCGUCGUAGAGACGUACGUCAAGGCGGCACAUGGCAAGGCUCAGCGGGAGUGGCCGUUCAUCAGCUGCUCUGACAGAGCCUUCACCGAGGCCGAGUGGAACCGCUACAAGUCUGUCUGCAGCGCCGAGGACGUCUCUGUGCCCAAGGUGCCAGCGCUUGUGGAUAAGAUCAAUGACAUUAACCGCCUGGUCAACCGCUCCUGGACCGAACUGGAGCUGGCCGAGAAGCUUGACCGCCAGAAGACCCUGCGCGUCAAGUACAGCGGCAUCGAGCGGGAACGCCUCCAAAAGUCUCUCGACGACUCCAAGGCGGCCGGCAACGAGGCCAAGGCGGCCAAGCUGCAGGAGGAGCUCGACCAGCUCGAGACGCCGCGCCUGGCCUUCAAGACCAGCCUCACGCCGGCGAAGAAGAACCCCGAGCAGCAGGGCGAGGGCCUGUCCCAGCAGGAGCGGCUCGCGGCGCUGAACCGCGAGAACCGGCGCCGCAACGCCGAGGCGGUCCGGCAGGCGCAGCUCAAGGAGCGGGCCCGGGCCCGGGAGACCGAGGUCAAGCUCGAGCGCGGCGAGGCCGUCGAGGAGGACCACUCGCGGCGCCUGCGGACCAAGGCAAAGUUCCUGCACGACGCCAACGAGCACGCGUCGCCGUCGUCCAGGCAGAACAGCGGCGCCAGCACCCCCGCCGCCGCCGGCGCAGCGAGCUCGGCCGCGUCGACGCCCGUCUUGGGCGCCCAGAAGCAGCAGCCGAUGGCCCUCCUCCCGCACCUCGCCAAGCUGCAGCUCCAGCAGAAGAACGCCGCCGGGAACAGGGGCGGCAUCCCCACCAUCCACAAGCCGCUCAUGGACGACGACAUCAUUGGCGCGCUGGACUUGGACAUCGACGUCGAUAUUGACUGAGGGCCGGCCGGGAGGGGAUACCACCCCUGGUGUGCGGUUUGCGAUUGCGUGCGAUUGAGUUUUUGUGUGUGUGCCGAGGGGGGUUGCAGCAGCAGCAUGAGAGCACAUGCUAUGGCCAUCGGCGAGGAGGAGCGAUGGGCUAGGGAAGUGAAGAUGGAAGGGCGGAGGGCACUUUUCGGAGUCCAAAGUUGUUCUCCUUCCAAGAUCAUGCUUGGCAAGGCUACUACUACUACUACUACGUCCUAGAGAGAGACUGGAAUUUCUAGACCUUGCAUGGAAUCGACCUAGUUAAUUAUGCUUUCCAACUAACCGCUCUCGAUCCGUGCGUAUGUGUGCGUGUGUUCCCAGUGCAGGUAAAGGGAAAAGGGG